UAUAUGUCGGCUGCAUGAAUAUCUUGCCGCAGUGAAGCCGACGCACUCGGUCAUUCUGGCACAACCCAACACCUUCAGGUUUGGUGACACUGUCUUUCAACAUCGUGUCUCGUUGUGAUAUGGCGGAGUAUGGAUGGGGGCUACCAGAAGAGCUGAUCCGAAAAGCCCGCCAUGAGCUCCGUGAAGUCCCUGAACAACGGCAAGAGAGUGUGUCGGCAGUGCAAGAACAGAUCAUAACCAGGCCUGAUAUCAAGUUUUUGAGAGAAGAUGAGGGGUUUAUCAUCAGGUUUCUCAGAGCAAGAAAAUUCAACACACUUGAAACCUUCAAACUAUAUGCCCGAUAUUUUGAGUAUCGGCAAAACAACCCCAACCUGUUCAAGAGAUUCCAGGCCUCGGAACCUGGCGUCAAAGAAGCCUUGUACGAUGGCUUGCCAGGAGUCUUGCCUGAACCGGAUGUAUUCGGAAGAAGAAUAUUGGUGCUUUACUCUGCAAACUGGGACAAUUCCCGUUACGGGCUUGCUGCAAUAUAUCGAGCUAUUCUCUUGACAUUAGAGAAGUUGGUAGACAGUGAUGAAGUGCAGAUAAAUGGUUUUGUUGUGGUUGUGGACUGGAGUCAGUUUACAUUCAAACAGUCAACUUGGUUAAAUCCUAAAAUUUUGAAGUUGAUGAUAGAGGGUUUACAAGAUUGUUUCCCGGCCAGAUUUGCUGCUAUACAUUUUGUAAAUCAGCCAUGGUACAUCGAAGCAAUUUUCAAAAUGUUACGUCCGUUUCUUAAGGAGAAAAAUAGAAACAAGAUCCAGAUGCAUGGUAUUAACUUGACAACCCUCCACCAGCACAUCAACAAAGACAUCUUACCUGCAGAGUUAGGAGGGACGCAGCCCCCCUAUAACAACCAGUCCUGGGCCAAGGAGCUCAUAGGCGACGAGAAUUUCAGCUUCGGAGACCAGCAUAUAUACUGGCCAAACAGCUCACAGCUCAAAAAUAGGUCCGAGACAUUUCCCCUAGAUCAUUUCUCCAGCAAAGGCCAGUGUCUGCAGGAAAAGAGACAGGGAACAUACUUGGACGAAGAGUUCUUCCUCAUAGACUGAAGCUGUACGACCAUUGUAGACCUGUCGCCAUGUUUCGAGUACUUAGUUUCAAUUGUUGGUUGGUAUCGUUUUGUUUGUCAAACGAUUGACGUUAAAACCUUUUGUUUAUUUUCUGAAUUGUGCUGAUGGUGAAUAUAUUACUAGAGCUGAGUACUCUUUUCUGGUCACAGGAACCCAUUAAUCGUUUCAGAUGUACGCAUUUGUUUAGAGAAUCGGUUAGCAGGUUUGUUAGUUAAUUGAUGACUGAUUGAAAUUGUCCAUGAAGUCUGCUUGCCCAAAUAUGUGAUAACAGUUUUGUUUUGUUAAGAUUAUCACCAACCCUGCACCCAUGAUGAUUCUGAUCAUAUUGAUAGCACCACACUGGCACAGAAUCUUUAAUACAAGCUCAUGCUGUUAUGAAAUCUGCUCCAAUGUUUCUUGAUUUUGAAACGAAAACCUGCUGAGAUGCAUUUGUGUGUUGUUGUUUUUAAGAAAAUGUCUUAAUACCAUGGACAUGCAACGCACUGUACAAACAACAUUGUAAAAUCAACAAUCCCUACAAUUUCUCAGCAAAACGUUUGUCACUGAUGUAUUUCUACAUAAUGUUUGUUUCUGUCUUGAUAUCUAUGAAUUGAUGGAAAUGUUUGCAGGAAGUUUUUGGACACAAGACCAAAAUUGGUUUUCUCCUGGAGCUGCAUGACGUGUAGGACAUGGUUUUAAAUCUUAGUUUCUGUUGGUCACAGUAAUGACGUUAAAAAAUACUCAGUAGUUUUCUAGUCAACAUGGGGGCCAGUGAGAUGUGAGUGUGAAUGUUGCUACCUAUAAGGUUAUGCAUUUGUUGAUUGUGACAACCCGUGAGUGACCACUUUAUCUUGAUUUAGCAGUCAAAUGGGCCCAAGAUGAAGAGAGGUGUGUACGUGCUCGUGCCCACUGAUAUACUAUGUCACAGUUUAUCAUGACUAGCCCACUCAGACACAUUAAAUAUACUGACUCUCAUGUGACCACUCCUUGUGUAAUUCCCUUAAUGCCAGGCUGGGUAACAAGAUGGGUAACAGGUAUCAUCUUCUAUUGUCUUUUGGUCUGACGUGGCCGGGGAUUGAACCACUAACCUUCCACCAUCUAGGCAGAUGCUCUAUCCACUAGACCGCAGCCCUAUAAGGUACACUAUAGGAUACACUGUUGAACUUCUUUAUGAAGCCUUGAUUUGUCCAGUUGAUGCUACACCAUUCAUUAUGCACCAAGUUUGGCCUGAACAGAAUGGGUUUUCAAUAAUAAUAACUUAAUUAUUAUAUUACACUAUAUUCCGUUUUUACGCCAGCCACUGGAGUUUGAUUCUCAGCUCCCUGAGGGAGUAUACAACCUAAUCUGCCUCACAAUUCACUAGAAAGUUAACAGUCACAUUACCAUCUCAUCCUAGUGGGUAGCCAUUCACUGCUAGGUGGACAGAAGCAUAUUUUGGACAAAGUUACAUGCUUAGGGAGACUCCACAUGUGUUACAUGUGCUUCAGUGUAGAGCAGGACCAAAGCUCUAGAAACUCUCAGGAGUCAAGCUGCAGAACACAGAACACAAACGUUCCUUAGCUUAACUUAACCUCAUGUUGAAAUGAAAUAAUGGUUGUAUUUGAUCAUGGAAUGUGAUCUGGGCCCCUCCUAUUCUGAUGCGCUGUGGUGUGUCAUUUAGGUCCAACAGGGAAGUGUAUUGUACUACUAUUCGACGACCUUUAGCAGUAUAGCAUAUUUGUUAUGACAAACAGGGAAUCAUGUUUUAGCACAGUGUUGAAAGUCUGUUAUGAUUACUGUGAGAUAACCAACUUUAAUCAUCCAGAGGUGGUGGGUUAGUGCUCCAAGAUGGACCUGUGACACAGCAGUAUCGGGCUUCAUGAAGAGGUUCAACAGAAUGUGUGAAGUUUAGCAUAACCUUGAUCCUCAUAAAGCAGAUUCCAAUUGAUCUAGACCCUGACUGAGACCCUGAGUGAGACCCUACCUGUCUGAAUGAGUUGUGAGUUGGUGUUGCUGAUGUCUGCAUGCCCCGUGUAAGCUAUGUGUUCGUCCAUGUAGCCAUGUAAUCAUGUGUUGUUGUUUAGACUCAACUUCUCAUUCUUGCUAUAACAAACAAAUUACAUGUCAGGGUUGUGAGUUUGGGACAUUAUAAUGUUGUGUAAAAAUUGAGAGUUUAUUUCGUUUGUUACAUUUGAAUUUGUUCUUAUGAUAGAGAUUUGCUUCAUUGAUAUUAAAACAGUAUUAGAACUUUGUGAUUUGCGCAGGAUUGCCAGAUUGUGUGCAUGACAACAGCUGGCAUUUUCUCUGUUUACCGUUUCUUUGUUUAGCAAGAUUAUCAUUUUGUCUUUUUGUAUCAAAGUAAUUUGUAUGCUUUAAAGGUCAUGAAUUCUUUUUCAGUAUUAAUUACCGGUAACAUGUUUUUUUUAUUUAUUCAACAUUUCAUAUUUUUUCAAAAGAUAUUGAUAGUACAUGUGGAAUUUGCCUUGGUUAUUUUACCAUUACAUCUACGAAACUAUUCCCAAUUUGCCUUCAUAGCUCCAAUAGUGCAGCAGUCAACAUAAAAAGUGAAAAUUAUUAAAAAGAUUUAGUGGUUUAUUGCCAUAUUGCUAGAAAACAAUCUCAUUAAAAUCAGAUCUUAAUUCUCGCUACCGCUAAAUAAAGAUCUGAGGACAUCCUAUUAGGGGUCGCGUCAGAACAACCUUUCAUCCGACCAAUCAGAGCGUCGCUUACAAGA